AUUUUUGUUUUUAUUGUUCUAUAUUUUCAGGACGAUAUAUCGAGCCCUCUUAGUGGUCCGAUUUUCUAUUUUUCCGACGCUGAUUUAUUCUCCGACGCCGGCCUGCAAAGCUCGGAGGUCACUUCGUCUAAUUGUUGCUUCGACGAAAGCUCUAACUACAACGAUAAGCUCACCAGCAUGCCACCAUCAGGGACUCCCACUGCCACCAACACCACCACCGCCAAUGCCGCCGCCACCACUGACACCGACAACACCACCCCCAUCCCCACCACCAACGAUAACAACAACAAUCUCUCCAUAAUUUUCGACUCGCCGGACGAGAUCGACAACGACAUUUCAGCUUCCAUAGACUUCUCUCAAUGUCAAUCCCCUUCUUUUUCAGUUCCUCCCUUUUUAACUCAACAAGAUCAUCACCAAUUCGACCUUCCUUUAGUGCAAUCUCAAAUCCAGUUACCCGCCGAAGUUGUCGACGGGCUCUCCCAAUACGGAGGCGGUGAUCAUUUUCAUCAUCAAGGCUUUGUUGCGGCGGGAGCUCCUCUUAUGGGUCCGCCGCCGCCGUUUCCGUCCGUAUUCGAUGAUGAUUGCUUGUCUUCGAUGCCUUCUUACGUGCCUUUAAACCCUUCAUCUCCUUCUUGCUCUUUUCUUGCUCCUUCAAUGGCUGCGCCUUUCAUGCCGACGAAUGCUUUGACUGCCGAUCAUAAUUCUGGGAUUUUCGCCGCCGGGACCAUUCUUACGGCUCCUCAUGAGAUGUUACCACAAGACUUGGAAUUUCAAGGUGAUACUGGUGGAAUUUUCUGCCCGGAUUCCAUGCAACGGAUUCUUAAACCCGGAGAUUUACAGGGACUGAGCUGUGAGAAUCAACAACUGGUUGGAGGAGCAAUGUGCUCAACACCAUUACCUACAGAGAUGUCAAGUUUAGAAGAUUCAACAUUCAACAAAGUUGGGAAACUCUCUGUUGAACAAAGAAAAGAAAAGAUCCUUAGGUACAUGAAGAAACGUAAUGAAAGGAACUUCAGCAAGAAAAUCAAGUAUGCAUGCCGCAAGACAUUAGCUGAUAGCCGACCUCGAGUGAGAGGAAGAUUUGCUAAAAAUGAUGAUUUUGGUGAAACCCAAAGGCAAGCUUCUAUCAAUCAUGAAUAUGAUGAUGAUGACCAAGUGGUUGUGAAAGAAGAGGAAGACAUGGUUCAUUCCUCAGACAUUUUUACUCAUAUCAAUGGUGUCAACUCUUUCGAAUGCAACUAUUCAAUUCAGUCAUGGAUUUAA